AUGAAUAUUUUACAUUUUUAUUUACUAGGAGUUGUUUUACAUGUAUCCAGUCAUAGAUUUGUCUACAACAAAACACAAAUAUUCAUAUAUUUUAGAAAUGAUUCUUAUAAUACAUCUGAGAAUAUAGAUAGGGAACAAUUUUCUGAACAUUUUAAUACGUCGUUUCUAAAUUCUUUGCUAAAAGACCAGAAUACAAACUCUUCAUUAGAUGUUCAACUAAAAAUCAAGACAGAAAAUAGGACAAUUAAUUUACAUUCGAAUGAAACGAAUUUUAAUACUGAAAAAAUGAAUUUUCCAAAUAACACAUGGUCUCAAUUGAAUUUUUCCAGUUUUCCAUUCAUGAUGAACGAAUCUGAUGAUCAACAACACGAGGAAAGUGUUGAAUUUAAAAGUCAAAAGUUCGAAACAAGACUUCAAGAACUAGCUAAUAUUAGUGAUCACAUCCAAAAAUCUCUUUUUGCAUCGAAUUUAACGACUAACUGGUUAUUUAUAUGA